AUGAAGACCUCCUUCGGUUUCCUAGCUUUUGCUUUGACGGGGUCGCAAGCUGCGUACUCGGGAGAUAUUGUGCAGUAUUGGGUCGAGCAGACAGCGAACUUAGUCAAUGGCACGGUCAUAGGAGGACUGCAAUCCCCCCCUUCAGCUUGGGGUCCAGCAAUCGUUCAUGGAGCCAUCUAUCUUGCUGCAACGAAAGCCCAGAGCGGCUCACUGGCGUACCAGCAACUGGCCGUUUCCCAUGCCGCACACAAUUCACUUAUCUGGUGGUUUCAUGGUACCCGCAACUACGCCGCUACUAGUGCCGCUCUGAAGACCAUUUUGAGUUCCAUCGGACUGGCUGCUAACUCCACCGAAGGAAGUGCCGCGGUCAAGAUUGGCCAAGACGCCGCUCGCACGGCUAUCACGGCUCGGGCUGGUGACAAAAUCAAUGACUUCGUUGACUACACUUACGCUCCAAGCUCUCCAGGCGUAUAUCAAGCUAUCGUAGGAGGUGCGCCUCUUCCCGAUACACCCCAAGCUCGGUUCGUAACACUAUUCGCGAACACGGGAGAUGUGAGCCAGUUCAAAACUGCCGAUCCCCCGGGGACGACAGAUCCUGGAUAUGAGGAGCUAUUAGAGUAUGUAACGGUUCAGGGAGACCGUAAUUCGACCGUGCGGACGAAGUUCAACACAGAUACAGCGUAUUUCUGGAGGGAGAACAGCCUCAUUCUCUGGCCUCGAAUUGCCAAUGCGGUCAUCGGAAACUCCCUGGCUACCAAUGUCACGAAAUCGGCAAAGUUCUACGCACAGCUUCAUUACGCUUUGGCAAACGCCGGGGUUGCAGGAUGGGCUAUCAAGUACAAAUACAAUGCCUGGAGACCUGUCACUGCCCUUCGAUACAACGCUACCGUUUGGCUUCCAAGCGGCCACGAUGUCUCAAACCAAACCUGGCUUCCCCUUCUGCACCCUACGCCCAGCCAUCCUGAUUAUGUGUCUACUCAUGCGACUUUCGGCGGUGCCGCUUCCCAGGUUAUCCGUAGUUUCCUUGGAACGGACCAUAUCAAUGUCACUGUCAGCAGUAAUGUGACGAUUGAUAAUGUUGGAGUUAUUACGAGACAUUACACGAACUUGACGUAUACUGCGACGGAGAAUGGUGACAGUAGAGUGUUUGGUGGGAUUCAUUUCCCGUUUGCGAGUGCGGCGGGUAUUAAGCUAGGAACUGAAGUUGCGUUGGCGACGUUGAAGAGCUUUGACCUGAACUGGGACAGAUUUUGAAGGUACUGCACAUACUGGGUGUGCUAGACUACUGCUUAAUGAUAGAUAGCUAGAAACUAUGGAAUGAAGUUGUGGUGUUAGAAAUGUUGGGUCG